AUGGCAAAACGUUCCGCCCCGACUUCCGUCCCCUCAUCUGCACCCGAGUCUAAGAAGCCCAAAUCAACUUCUUCAAAUAAACCCGGCAAGUCGAAACCUGUCAAGCAGACGGAGAAGAAAGCAAAAGAUCCAAGUGCUUUUGAAACAGUGGCUACCACUAUACAAAACGUCGCUGCUGAUCUCGCUUCAUCCGUCACUCAAGUUGUCGAUGUUGCUGGAGAACUAUUGAUUGACGGUUCGGCUACCCCUGCUCCGGUCAGAGAUGUGGUACAAGAUAAUGUGGAUGUGGGGAAGAUGAAGAAGCGUGGCAAGGUUGUCGCUUCCAAAGCUGCGGAAGCUAGCGAGACUGUGGUGGAAAAAGCGGGAGAAGCUGCCAAACCAUUGAAGGGAAAAGCUAGUAAGAUGGUGAAAGAUGUGGGGAAUAAAGUCGGUGAGGCGGAGGAAAAACUGGAGGCAUCAUUACAGGAGAAAGGGGUAGACGUAAAGGAAGGCAAGAAGAAAGUAGGUAAAGCAGUGAAGAAGACGGAAGGAGUAUUGGAGAAAACUGUGGAAGCUGCUCAACCACUCAAGGGAAAGGCGGCAAAGGCAGCUAAGGUGGUAAAGGAAAAGGCGGAUGAAGUGGCUAAAGCUGUUGAACCUAUGGUGGAGCAGGUCAAGGAGGCUGCUACCGAUCCGAAGAAACGGAAGAGGGCGGGGGAGUUGGUGGCUCAGGCGGAAGAAACGGUCAUGCGUGUGGUCGGGGAUGUGGCGGAGAAGGUGGGAGAAGCUUUGGACGGUGUAGUGAAAGGCUUUGGAGCGGCGACAGGGUUGACGGUGGGAGAGGGGAAGGAAAAAGCGGCUGAGGUGGUAGAGUCGUCAAAGAAGAAGACUAAAAAGGUCGUGGAAGACGUCGUAAGGGGAGCGGAACCGGCUCAGAAAAAGGCAAAGAAGGUCAUGGAAGAUGUCGUUGAAGCCGCAGAACCGGCUAAGAAAAAGGCGAAGAAGGUCGCGGAAAACGUCGUAGAGGGAGCGGAGCCGGUCAAGAAAAAGGCAAAGAAGGUCGCGAAAGAUGUGACGGAGGCGGCUGAACCCGCCAAGAAGAAGGUCAAGCAGGUCGUUGAAGAAGCUGUCGGUCAAGGAGAAGCGGGCAAGGAAACGGUUAUGAAGAAAGGCAAGAAAGCCAAGGAAGCGCCGGAUACAAAGCUGGUUGAAGCGACCGAUAAAGUUACAAAGAAAGGACGUCAAGCGGUAAAAGAUGCGGAGGAGAAAGUCGAAGAAAUCACUCCGAAGAUUGUUGCAAAAGGCAAGAAAGUUGUUUCACAGAGUGAAGAAGCCGCCGGCGACCUUACCACCAAAGCCAGCAAGAAGGGCAAGAAGGUCGUUCAAGACGCUGAAGAAGUGCUAGCCGAAGCUACUGUCAAAACCAGCGACAAAGCACCAGAGAUCGCCUCGAUGGUCACAGAGGGCGUGAAAUCCGCUGGGAAAGCUGCGAAUGGAAUCAAGACAAAAGGCAAAGCUGUGCUCAAGGCUGCCGCGGAGACUGAAGAGUCUGACGAUGACGAGGAGCUUCAUGGGUUUACUUCUUCCGAAGGCGAAGGUUCUUCCGAUGAGAGUGACGCAGAAGAUGUGGCUGUGAGAGAAGCGGGAAAGAAGUUUGAUAUGAGCAAGUUGACAAGUGUGGCUAAAGAUGACAAGAGCGUCGCUGCCAAGCUCAAGAAAGCUCAGAAGAAGAAGACUUCGGAAAAGGGUACGCUGUACCUCGGAAGGAUCCCUCAUGGGUUUUAUGAAGAUGAGAUGAAAGAAUAUUUCAGUCAGUUUGGUGAAGUGACACAACUUCGUCUUGCACGAAAUCGUAAAACGGGCGCGUCCAAACAUUACGCAUACAUCGAAAUGUCAUCUGAAGCUGUGGCGGAGAUCGUUGCUGAGACAAUGAACAAUUACCUCCUCAUGGGACAUUUACUCAAGUGUCAAGUCGUCCCGCCAGACGAAGUUCAUCCUAGGUUAUGGGAAGGGGCUAAUAAGAAAUGGCGUAAAAUACCUCGUGCUAGAUUGGAGAAGUUGAGACAAGAACGGCCAAGAACGGAAGAACAGAAGAAAGAGUCAAAUGAUCGUUUACUCGAAAGGCAAGAGAGAAGAAAGAGCAAGAUCAAGCAAGCAGGGAUCGAUUAUGAUUUUGAAGGCUUGAGGAUGAGGGAGAGAUGGGAUUGCAAGAUGAUGUGUGAAUGCAGAUAA